AUGACAACAGAAGAAACGGCCACUGAAGGAACUGAUUAUACCUUGGUUUCUGGGACUGAUCUAACUAAAACACCUGAACGUGCAACAACUACAUUUGAAAGUUCUACUUCAACUGAUUUGCCUACAGGUACUUUCUCAACAGAAGAAACGGCCACUGAAGGAACUGAUUAUAUCUUGGUUUCUGGGACUGAUCUUACUAAAACAUCUGAACGUGCAACAACUACAUUUGAAAGUUCUACUUCAACUGAUUUGCCUACAGGUACUUUCUCAACAGGAUUUAUAACAGAAACAACAACUUCUGAUGUUGUGUCAUCAACAUUACCACCUAUUUCCACCCGAGAAACAUUUGAAACAACAGCUCAAACUGAAUCUACUCAGAACAUUAUUACAACAGAAGAAACGGCCACUGAAGAAACUGAUUAUACCUUGGUUUCUGGUACUGAUCUAACUAAAACAUCUGAACGUGCAACAACUACAUUUGAAAGUUCUACUUCAACUGAUUUGCCUACAGAAGAAACGGCCACUGAAGGCACUGAUUAUACCUUGGUUUCUGGGACUGAUCUAACUAAAACACCUGAACGUGCAACAACUACAUUUGAAAGUUCUACUUCAACUGAUUUGCCUACAGGUACUUUCUCAACAGAAGAAACGGCCACUGAAGGAACUGAUUAUACCUUGGUUUCUGGGACUGAUCUUACUAAAACAUCUGAACGUGCAACAACUACAUUUGAAAGUUCUACUUCAACUGAUUUGCCUACAGGUACUUUCUCAACAGGAUUUAUAACAGAAAAAACAACUUCUGAUGUUGUGUCAUCAACAUUACCACCAAUUUCCACCCGAGAAACAUUUGAAACAACAGCUCAAACUGAAUCUACUCAGAACAUUAUUACAACAGAAGAAACGGCCACUGAAGAAACUGAUUAUACCUUGGUUUCUGGUACUGAUCUAACUAAAACAUCUGAACCUGCAACAACUACAUUUGAAAGUUCUACUUCAACUGAUUUGCCUACAGAAGAAACGGCCACUGAAGGAACUGAUUAUACCUUGGUUUCUGGGACUGAUCUAACUAAAACAUCUGAACGUGCAACAACUACAUUUGAAAGUUCUACUUCAACUGAUUUGCCUACAGGUACUUUCUCAACAG